AUGACGCUGCCUCUGCCUCUUCGGAAGGACAGGUCCUCCAGAGAGCACCAGCCAGAGCAACUGUCCACCCUUGCAAAAAACCUCUUCAUCAUGGCGUAUAAAGCAGCACAUUUGGCCUUUAAGUCACGCUGGCACAAGACAGAUGAAGAACUCUGUCGGCACAGUAUGUCCUUCGUCUUGCAUAAGGCGAUCCGAAAUGACUUUUUUCAGAGUUACCUUUAUCUGCUGGAAAAGCUUCCCCUGGUGAAACUUUACGCUUUGACAAGUCAAGUUAUCAAUGGCGAGAUGCAGUUCUACGCCAGGGCCAAACACUUCUACCGGGAGGUGCCAGCCACAGAAGAGGGCAUGAUGGGAGACUACAUUGAGCUCUCCAGUACAGACAUUGAAUCCUCCAGGGAGUUUCUCAGGAAAUUUGUUGGGGGAGUGGGGAAAGCUGGUACCACCCGCGCCCUGGACUGCGGAUCUGGGAUAGGUCGUAUCAGCAAGCAUGUCCUGUUACCAGUUUUCAAGAGCGUGGAACUGGUGGAUAUGAUGGAGAAUUUCCUGGCUGAGGUCCCGAACUACCUGCAGGGCAAGGAGGACAGAGUAGAGAUGUAUUACUGCAAAAGCCUCCAGGAAUUCACUCCAGCCCCACAAAGAUAUGAUGUCAUCUGGAUUCAGUGGGUUUCAGGAUAUCUGACAGAUAAAGAUCUCCUGGAGUUUCUCAUCCGGUGCCAGAAUGGCUUGAAGGAUAAUGGUGUUAUCAUUCUCAAGGACAAUGUAGCCAGGGAGGGCUGUAUCCUGGAUUGCCUGGAUAGUAGUGUGAUCAGAGACCUGAACAUCCUCCACAGCCUCAUUGAAAUGAGUGGACUCACCAUCCUACGAGAGGAGAGGCAGGAGGGAUUCCCUGAGCAGUGUGUCCCUGUCUGGAUGUUGGCCAUGCAGAAAGGCCCUGGCCAUUCCUGA